AGCGUUCGCAAGAUGAAGUUGAUCGUGCUUGUUUUAGCAGUAGGCUGUAUGGCUAGCUUGGGCUACGCCGAAAUCGCUCCAAAGUAUGGAAUUAGGCCACCGACGCCCACCACCCCUGCACCCAUUCAGCCGGGUGGCAGUGAUAUCGAUAAAUGUGGCUGCCAAAAUAUUGUGGACAAGCUAAGGAAGGUAGAGUCGAAUCUUUUGAAACUCAUCCUGAACCUGCGCAACAAGUACGGUGCUGUGUACAGUGAGCUGCAGGACAUGAAGAAGAACGUCAAGAGUGUGUCCUGGUAUGUCGGUCAAACUUCUAAGACGGGUGAAAACAUCAACGAUCAGCUAUUUAAAUCUUCGAUUGCUUUGUCCGAGAUCAUGCAGUCAAUCAGAGAUCUUACCAUCAACCAGCAGGGAUUGGUGACAAAAACUUUCCUUACCGAAUCUAUUCUGGAUCUGGAAGGACGCCAAGGAGAGUACAGACCUCCGGCACCAGAGGAAGACACUAUCUUUACGUCUUGUGAUGAUUCGCGCAUUACCCAGACUGGUACCUACCUGGUGCAGGAUGCAUUCUCUGAGCCUACCAAGGUAGUUUGCGUGCUUGAUUUCAGCGUGGGACGAUACACCGUUAUCCAGAACCGUCAGGACGGAUCGACCGAUUUCUACCGUGCGUACAGCGAUUACCGUAGCGGAUUCGGCCAGUUCGAUGGUGGCGAGUACUGGCUGGGUCUGGAUCGCAUCUACAAUAUGACGGCUUCAGGAGAUUACGAAUUGUUCAUCGUGCUGGAAGAUUUUGAAAAGAACGUUACUACCGCGACUUAUAAUGAAUUCGCCAUCGGUAGCGGUGUCGACUUCUACCCUAUUACCAAGUUGGGCAGAUACUCUGGCAAUGCCGGUGAUUCGCUAGGAGCAAUAAAGGGUGUGCUGUUCAGCGCGUUCGAUCUCGAUCUAGACAACAGCGAAAUCAACUGUGCCGUCUCUAACCGCGGUGCCUGGUGGUACACAGGUUGCGGAAUGAGCAACUUGAACGGUCUCUACCUGAAGGGUCUGACUGGUGGUACCACUGGUAUGUUCUGGGAGACUUUCCGCGGAGCUAACUACAGUCUUAAGAAGAGUCGUAUGAUGUUGAGGCGCAAGGAAAUGGUAACCACGACCGAGGGUACUACAACAACCACAACCGAGAGUUCUACGUCAACCACGACAACGACUGAAGCAACUACCAUGCCCCCAGAGACAACAAUGGAGACCACGGUUCCAUCCACUGAUCCGCCUAUGCGCCGUUUCUACUGAUGAGUGAACAUUCUGGUGGAAUUAUGAUUGACUUUAAGUUUAAUUGAAA